GAUUCACUCUCCAAGUUUGCCUCUGAUAGCUCUUUAAGCUCCAGAUCUGUUUUUGUAGAAGUUUUAGAUGAACCAAGCUUCACGAAGCCUCGAGUGAUGGAGAUUAGCACAAAUCCUGACACGCCGAGCUGGACUGAUUCAAUUGUCUCCUUCUUACGAGACGGGAUAGUGCCUGAGGACAGGCAGGAGGCAAUGAAAUUGAGGAAAAAGGCAUCUCGGUAUACACUUGUUGAUGAAGUCCUGUAUAAGAGAUCUUUCUCACUUCCUCUUCUACGGUGUUUAAAUCCCUAUGAAGCUGAGUACGCACUUCGAGAGGUGCAUGAGGGUGUCUGUGGAAGCCAUGUCGGUGCUAGGACUCUCGCUCACAAAGUCUUAAGGCAAGGAUACUACUGGCCAAACAUGUACAAAGAUGCCACUUACUUUGUUCAGAAAUGUCCAAAGUGCCAAUUCUUUGCACAUCUGACUCACCAACCUGCAGAAGAACUCACGACCUUGGUAGCACCAUGGCCAUUUGCGCAGUGGGGACUAGAUCUUUUGGGUCCAUUCGUGAAAGGGGUUGGUGGUGUAACCCAUCUGGUUGUUGGUGUAGAUUAUUUCACAAAAUGGGUUGAAGCUCGACCUUUAUCCAGUCUUACCUCUAAGAAGGUCGAAGAUUUUGUUUUCAGUUCGAUCAUCUGUAGAUAUGGGAUUCCAAAUCAGAUUGUGGCUGAUAAUGGAACUCAAUUCAAUUGUUCCUCAUUUCGAGAUUUCUGCUCCAGUUAUGGAAUCAAGUUACAUUUCACUUCCGUUUAUCAUCCGGAGUCCAAUGGCAUGGUGGAAUCUGUUAACAAAUGCAUUUUGGAAGGUAUACGGCCGAGAUUGGAGCAGCAUAAGGCCAAGUGGGGCAGACGAGCUCAACAACGUCCUCUGGGCAUACAGAACCAUGAGCCGAACUGCCACAGUGAAACACCCUACCACCUGGCCUUUGGUACCGAAGCAGUCAUUCCUGUCGAGAUAGGAGUCCCAAGCUUCCGGGUCACCCAUUUCGAUGAAGAACGAAAUGGACAACUGCUUCGGGAAAACCUUGAUCUGCUUGCUGAAGUCAGAGAAGAAGCUCGGCUUCGAACUCUUGUCUACAAGCAGAAGCUAGCCAACUUCUACAAUAAACGGGUCCGCCCUCGCACAUUCAAAGUAGGAGACCUUGUUCUUAGGAAAGCUGGCUUAACGGGGUUUGAAACUCGUUUUGGCAAACUUGCCCCAAAUUGGGAAGGCCCUUACACCGUGGCCGAGGUACCACAUCCUGGUGCUUAUAUUCUCCAAGACGCUGAAGGAAAGAGAGUUCCUAGAGUCUGGAAUAUCAAUAACUUGAAGAAAUUUUACCCCUAAUAAAAAUUCUUUCAAGUGUUUUAAGUUUUACUGUUUUUUACGUUUCUCACUUCGUAUUUAUUGAGAACCAUUUUACCUUUUAUUCUAUGUAUCUGAAGUCAAUCAGUUCAUUCACUUCUGUUAAUAAAUGUCACUUCACAUU